AUGGGCCGUUCCCAGGGAAGUUCGCACCGCGCCAGGAUGUCUUCCGCACGUUUCAGCAAGGAAGAUACUGAGAUGUCCUCGGUGGGACCUGGGUCUGAGAGCCCGGAGAACCUUGAACCUGGAGUGGGUUUCUAUGUGCUGGAUGAACUCAGCAGUGAGAAGAAACAGGCCGAGAAACGCAAGUCCAGAGGGAGGGCCUUGUCAGCCGCGGCCAAAGAAAACCGAGCGCCAAGCACCUUGACCCCUCGCGCUGAGAAGAACAUCCUGGAGCCUGCAGCGCCUGCGGAGUCGGAACAUCUGCGGCGACGCUUGUUGGAGGAGGAAAAACGACGGGCCCAAGCGGAGAGCCUUUCAGAGCAACACAUUGCGUGGCUGCUGGAGCAGAAGCUCUUCUUUGUGGCCAGUGCGGCCAAUGGAGGGCACGUGAACGUCUCGCCCAAAGGCUAUGUGGAGGGCACCUUUACGGUGCUGUCCCCCCGCUCCGUGGCCUAUUUGGAUUUCACCGGGAGUGGAUCUGAGACCAUUGCGCACAGCAUGCAGAAUGGGCGCAUCACGGUGAUGUUCGUGGCCUUCAAAGGCGAUCCAGUGAUCCUUCGGCUCUAUGGGACCUCCAAGUGCUUGCCGCGGCACCUGCUGGAAGAGAAGGACGAUGGUUUGCUCCAAAAAUUUGGUGCAGAGUUUGUGAAGCACAACGCCUUCCGCGCUGUGAUCGUGGUGGAGGUUCAUCGCGUUCAGAGCUCCUGCGGCUUCUCCAUCCCAUUCUACGACUAUUUGGGCGAGAGGAACGUCCUGAAGGAUUACUUUGCUGAGAGAACAGCGCAGCAGGCCAACGAGUAUCGCAUCCUGAAGAACAGUUUCUCCAUCGAUCAGCUUCCAUCCAUUGGGCACCGGAUUCUGAACAACAAAGCGCCUGUCGUGGCCGCACGGUUCAAGGCAGGCUUUUGGUUCGGCCAUGCGGAUGUCACCUUUCUGGAAUGGCUCUGGAGCGUCAUCGCUUGUCGUUCUGCCCUAUCCCCCGUGAGCCGGAGGGACCUGAUGAUGUUUGGCUUGGGCGGCGUCGUUGCACUGGGGUCCAUGCUAUGGAUGGAUGUAAACCUGGACCAUGCAAAAUUGAAACAUUCCACGGCCGAAGGACCGUGGGUGGCCUUUUGUACAGACCUAGCCGAGAAAAAGGCACGAGCCGCAGACUUGGUCGUAGCCAAGAAGGAGCUGGAGGACACCAGUGUGGCGCGAAAGGAGGCUGGUGGAUGGGGACCAGGUGCUCACAAACGUGCCUGCGAUCUCGAAGCAGAACGAGGUCGAGUGAAGAAGGUGGGUCCGGUGGGUUUUCAGCGCACCGGAAGUGACAUGGCUCUGAAAGCAAUGGAAAAUAGGGUGGAGUCAGAUGGCCGUGGCGUGUAUGUCGGAGGUCUUCCCAAGCAUGCUGAGUGGCAAGAACUCAAGGAUCACAUGAAGCUGCCUGGCACACGGACGGCCGCUGGUGAGAUCGAGUAUUGUGAUGUCCUUUACAGCGACUGGGGUGAGCCCAAGGGUGUUGGCUAUGUGCGCUAUAAGACGGAGGCAGAAGCCCUAGGCGCCAUUGCAGCACUCAACGAGUCCAGUAUGGAUGGACGGACCCUGAAAGUGGCGCCAUGGACCGGCAAACCACCCAACACCAACGGCCAGGGGAAGAUGAUGUACCAGAUGUGGGCCUGGUAUGGCGGGGGCAAGAAGAGACCGCGCAACAUGGACCCUGAGAAGACGAAGUUGGUGGACCGGGUGAAGACAUACCAGAGGGGCAGCCCAGAACAGAAGGAGACUUGGUACAGCUUCUGCGGAGAGGUGAAAGACCCAGCACGCCAUGAAGUUUCGAAACUACAGGAGUUUUGCACCACUUAUGGCAUUCCAUAG